AUGAGGGUGAACUACAAACAACUAUCUGCACCGAGCGAGCUGCUUGAUUGGGUGAUCGCCCGGUUGUCCUCGUUUGUGGGGGCCAUGGCGAUCGGCAAUCUGGUCAAGAGCACACCCGUCCCGAAGGAAAUGGACAAGAUUCUGAUUGCGCACGGCCGUAGCGCCGGCCAGGUUGAGGUCACCAACGACGGGGCGACGAUUUUGAAGGCGGUCGGCGUGGACAUGAGUCGCUUCCAGGACGACGAGGUUGGCGUGACGGUGUUGGUGUCAGAGUGGCUGAGCGAGGCGGAAAAGUUGCUCGAGCAAAAAUUUCUCGAAGAUUCUGUCCCAGCAAAUCUAUUUGCCGGCUGUUGCUUGGAGGAUUCGUUCCUGGACGAGGGUUUCCUGUUGGACAAGAAGACCGUUGUGCACAAGCCGAAACGCAUCGAGAACGCAAAGAUCUUGAUCGCCAAUACGCCGAUGGACACGGACAAGAUCAAGGUUUUUGGAUCGAGUAAGAAGGUAACGAUGGUGAAGAUUGCCGAGCUGGAGGUCGCCGAGAAGGAGAAGAUGAAGGACAAGGUGACAACCAGAACCAGGCUCGUCGUUGCGAUCUGUUUGAAAGUUUGCAUCGAUGUGAUAGCCCGUUCCAACAUCCGCAGGACCGGAAUAUCUCGCAAGGAGGCAAGUUGCUGCCCAACAGCAACCUCGCCCCAAAGUGGUAAGCAAACUGCACGUCAGCAGAGAGGAAUUUGGAGGAGAUUUCGGUGGAAUUCGAGGAGGAGGAAAAGUUCAUGGAUUCUAUCGUCGGCCGCCAAGGACACACUAAACCAGCUGGGCAGUAUUCCGUGGAAGAUCAACAGCGAAGUGAUGGCGUUGUUCAUCAGAGCAGCAUCUCCAUGCUGGACCUUUCUUGCCCUCCCUCCGCGCAGUGAAUUGACCGGUUACGAUUGGUUCAUCCUGAUGCGCAAGAAGAUGAACCCUCCCCCCCCCGCAAAGCUCACCUGA